AUGAAGUUCCGCAGCGUAUCCCUCGCCGCCUUGCUGCUUCAGGCACCUCAAUGGGUUGCCGCAGCUCUCAAGGCAACCGAAUCCGACACUGAGCUGGUCAUCUCCAACGACCGCCUCUAUGCCGCUGUUCAGAAGCCUGGUGGCUCCAUCGUGAAGCUCACCCUCGAUGGAACGAACCUCCUGGGCACGAGAUCGGGCUCUACCGGUCAGGGUCCUUACCUCGACUGCUACUGCACACCCAAGGGAUUCUGGACCCCCGGCACCAUGACGCCCAAGUACAAGCUCUUCAAGGGCAAGGAUUCGAGCGGCAAGGACUACGGCGGCAUCAUGAUGGCCGACACGUUCACCGAGACGGGCCAGGUUCUGGAGCAGUACUGGUUCCUCCGAGACGGCGAGACGGGCCUGCACACCUUUAGCAGGGUGGCCUACCACAACGAGGAGCAGCCGUUCCUGCGCAACCUCCAAGAGCUGCGCACCAUGUUCCGGCCCAACAGCGAGAUGUGGACGCACCUCCUGACCAACGAGAAGCAUUACGCGCCUCUCCCAGGAAAAGAGGCCCAGUCGAAGCAGGUCGUGGUGCAGGAUGCGACGUGGUAUAUGGGCAACACGCCUGAUGAUGCCUAUGUCAAGCAGGAGGCGGACUACUUUACAAAGUACACGUUCCAGGACAACUGGCGUGAUAUCGACGCCUAUGGACUGUUCGCCGAUGGCUCCAAGACCGAGGAUGGUGAUGCUUAUGGUGCUUGGCUUGUUAUGAACACCAAGGACACCUACUUUGGAGGACCUCUGCACUCGGAUCUGACUGUGGAUGGUAUUCUCUACAACUACAUCAGCUCCAACCACCACGGAGACCAGACUCCCAACAUUACCCAUGGCUUCGACCGCACAUUCGGGCCUCAAUACUACCAUUUCAACCGCUUCCCUGCCGACACGGAUAUCCUGACUGCUCAGGCCGAUGCCGCUCAGUAUGCGGACCCUGAGUGGAACGCCGACUUUUACGACUCGAUCGCCAAGCAUGUCCCCAACUACGUCCCAUCCAAGAACCGCGGCACCUUUGAGGUCAGGGUCGAUCUGCCCAAGGGAGCCAAGAACCCCAUCGCCGUUCUCGCCCAGAGCGGUGUCGACUUCCAAGACAAUGUGUUUGAUGUCAACGCCUACCAGUACUGGGCGAAUCUUGAUGGUAGCGGCAGAGCCACCAUUCCCAUGGUCAAGGCUGGCAUGUACCGUCUGACCGUCUACGCUGAUGGCAUCUUUGGACAGUUCACCAAGGACAAGAUCAAGAUCAAGGCUGGCAAGACUGAAAAGACAAAGGUCACCUGGAAGGAAGAAACUUCGGGCAAGGAGCUCUGGCGCAUUGGAACCCCCGACAAGACCUCGGGUGAGUACCGCCAUGGCUUUGAGCCGCUUACGUCCAAGCCGCUGCAGCCGGAGCAAUACCGCAUCUAUUGGGCACAAUACGACUUCCCCAAGGACUACCCCGAUGGUGUUCACUUCAAGGUUGGCGAGAGCGAUGUCGGCAAGGACCUCAACUAUGUGCACUGGAGCGUGUUUGGUGGACGGGCAAACUACGUUCGCCCCGAGGCUUAUGUCGGUAACGGCGAUGUCAACAACUGGACCAUCGCUUUUGAUCUCAAGGAAUCUCAGGUCAAGCGCAAGAAGCAGGCGACCUUUACAGUUCAGCUCGCUGGAGCCAAGACUGCCGCCGGAAAUACGGAUGUGUACAACGCCUCGGAGCCUCACUCGAACCUCAAGUACACGGUCAACAUCAACGGCAAGGAUCUUGAGCCGUGGGUUAUUCCCUCGUGUGCCGUGCGCUCUUCUGUGAGUUGCUACAACAUUGCGCACAAGUUUGUCUUUGACGCUGGUCUCUUGAGCAAGGGCGAGAACGAGAUUGUGCUGAGUCUGCCUUACAACGCUACCGACUAUGAGUCUGCUGUGCUGCCGGCUUCUGUUUAUGUGCAGUACGACGCUUUGAGGCUUGAGAUUGACUAA